AUGGAUUUUGAUCUCGAUGGUCUGUUUAAUGUUCACAAGCUGCAGCAAAGUAAAAAUAUUGAAGAUCAAAAGCGCCUGGUCGAUCUGGUCGGCGCUCUGAAUUCCUCCGAUGGUUGGCAACUUUGCGCCUCUGUGCUUACUGGCGAUAAUUCUAUGGUACCGAAUCUGAGCACUAUUCCAGAUGAGCAGAGGUCAGCAAUUGCUUUCUUGUGCUGCCGAGUGAUAGAAGAGUUUUUGAAAUCAGGAAUAAACGUUCAGCCGAGUGAGGCUCAGCUUUUUUCUACAUUUGUUUGGAAAUGGGUGCGGCAACUCACGGAAGCCAGAGAACCUCAAUACCAAAAGUAUAUAACUGUGAAAGCUAGCCAAAUCAUUUGUCUUGGUAUCGUUCGGUUCUAUCCGAAACACUGGCCCACAGCUUUUCAUGAGUUGUUAUCCCUUAUGGCGGAGCGACCUGGGAAAGAUGCAAAUGUGGGAUCUUGUGUCACGGCUUCCUUUACGAGCACCAUCGAUAUUUUUCUGGAUACUUUAAUUAAUCUGGACCCAUUCCUGGUCUCCAGAGACGUUCAGCUUACGACGGAGGAACUCCUUCGAGCAAAUGAAAUAAAAGAUUAUAUUCGCGAAACGUCGAUAACCGCCCUAAUAAACUCCUGCUAUCAUCUCAUUCAUUUGCUAUACGGUCCACAACUACCUCAUGCCAGUCAUCUGAAAAAGCUUUUGGUCACUGUCGGUUUGAUGGCUUCGUGGGUUGACUUGCAUCUCGUGGGGAGUGCAGAGUGGAUAGGCUUACUAGCCGAUCUGCUCCGUGCAUCAAUAAACGAAUACAGCGUUGGGGCGCCUGUUCGAUGUGGUGUCUAUAGCCACCUAAUGGGACUGGUGAACAAAGGCAUGCCGGCCGUGGACAAAAUCAAUUUAAUCAAUGGAAUAUGGGAUCAGCUUGGACAAUUACUUCUUGCCGAUCCACUCGUGGCACAGCUGUUUCAAUCUGAGUCAGCGGAAACUGUGAAUCCAGAUGACGGGGCAUUGUCAAGCUUGCAAACUUUUUCAGCUUUACUGGAGUCAUGUGGACAGCAGUUGAUUGAAGCCUAUAGAAGUCUUCAUUGUUUGUCAGCUGACGGCGAUGUCGUCAAUGGUGGAGGCGGAACACCGGAUGAAAUCAGCUCCUUACGUGCAUCAACGUUGCAGAGAAUAGAAGACAAAUUAAAUCUUGCCCUGCACCUAUUUGGUCACGAGGAUGAGCAAGUCAGCCAAACGGAGGAUUCGUUAGACUACCGCCACGAUCUUCGCACCUUGAUAACCAAUCUGAUCCAGUUGGAUGCCGGGUGUGUGCUAGAAGCAAUCAACCAGUUGAUCAAACAUGCGGCGCAGUGGUUAAACAGCUCGGCUAACGCCAAUCAAAAUUCUUUCGCUAUUGGAGUAGACGGUCUGAGUGAUAUCGAUGUCGCUCUCUCGUUAUUCUAUCUAUUCGGGGAAUCAUGCAAGGUGUUUAUUUAUUGA